AUGAGAUGUGAAAGGCCGGAUGCAGCAGGGUUUGAUAGCCCGACGGACAAGGAGAACUACAAUCCGCACAUCAAGGAGUUUACGCCCACGAAGACGAAGCAGAGGAAAAGGUACACUGCGCUGAAGGAGAUCGCUGAGAAAUCAAGAAGGCCGGUGCAGGAGGCGAGCAAGGCAUCCCAAGAGGAUGAGACUGAGAUGGACCUUUUAUUUUCGUCGUUUCCAAGGUCGCCGUUCAAAUCAAAGAAUAUUAGAGAGCUAUGA